UCAUCAUAAAAACCAUCCCUUUUUUUCUCUUUGCUCAUCCAUCUUUUCCUUGCUCUUCCUCCACACUUUCUAUUUUUCUUCUUCUCUCUUUUUUUUACCCUAUUUGAUAGGGUUUUCAUGUCCUUCUAGCUCCAAUCCAUCUCAUGCAUUCGUGUCUUCCAGCUACAUACGUUGACGUUUUAGCCUUCUUCCUUGUCGGGUCUCUCUUUUUUCUCUCUUUGGAGGGUUUUUGGGCGGCUAACGGUCCAGAUUUCACCUUCCGGGGUUUUUUUGAGCUGUACCCAUGUCAAAGCUCUUUUCUUUUAGUGGAACUGAUGAUUUUUGCCCUGGGGGGUCGAUCUACACAAACCCCAAGGAAUCAAGUCUCUUUUUGUCCCUUGGACGUCAUGUGGAUGUAUAUUUUCCCUCUCGCAAGAGGUCCCGCAUCAGUGCGCCUUUUGUUUUCUCUGGAGAGAGGUUUGAGCAGAAGAAACCAUCAAUUGAGGUUCUCCCUGAUGAAUGCUUAUUCGAAAUUUUCAGACGAUUACCUGGGGGACAAGAGAGGAGUUCCUGCGCUUGUGUCUCCAAGCGUUGGCUUACAAUUGUAAGCAACAUCCGCAGCAAUGAAAUCAGUGACAACAAGACCACCCAAGCAUUGGAUCUUAACUAUGAGAGCACAGAUAAGAAGGGUGGAGAUGUUUCUGAGGUUGAAGAUGAGGAUGUUGCAGGUGGAUACCUCUCUAGGAGUUUGGAAGGGAAGAAAGCAACAGAUGUUAGACUUGCUGCUAUUGCUGUUGGAACUGCUGGUCGUGGAGGAUUGGGCAAGCUUUUCAUUAGAGGAAGCAAUUCCAGUCGUGGAGUGACUGCUGUUGGCCUGAGGGCCAUUUCUCGUGGAUGUCCUUCUCUAAGGGUUCUUUCCUUGUGGAAUUUGGCUACUGUUGGAGAUGGUGGUCUUUGUGAGAUUGCUGAGGGAUGUCACCAGCUACAGAAGCUUGACCUUUGCCACUGUCCUGCUAUUACUAAUGAGUCUUUGCUUUCCCUUGCAAAGGGCUGCCCUGAUUUGACUGAUCUGACCAUUGAAGGUUGUGCAAACAUUGGAAAUGAAGGUAUCCAAGCAAUAGCUCGCUGCUGUCCCAACCUAAAGUCUGUUUCGAUCAAAGAUUGCCCCCUCCUUGGAGACCAAGGAAUUGCAAGCCUUUUGACUUCAGCCUCAUAUUCCCUCUCAAAAUUAAAGCUUCAGGCCUUGAACAUUACCGAUGUCUCUCUAGCCGUUAUUGGGCACUAUGGCAAGGCAGUGACUGACCUAUCUCUCACUAGCCUUCCAAAUGUGACUGAGAAGGGCUUCUGGGUUAUGGGUAAUGGUCAUGGGCUACAGAAAUUGAAGUCUUUCACUGUUAAAGCCUGCCGUGGAGUGACAGAUUUGGGACUUGAAGCUAUUGGCAAGGGUUGCCCGAAUUUGAAGCAGUUCUGCCUCCGCAAGUGUGCCUUCUUAUCUGAUAAUGGGUUGGUGUCUUUUGCCAAAGCAGCAGGUUCACUAGAGAGCUUGGAACUGGAGGAGUGCCACAGGGUCACCCAAUUUGGGUUUUUUGGUUCUCUUAUUAACUGUGGUGCAAAGUUCAAAGCUAUCUCUCUUAUGAACUGCUUGGGGAUCAAGGACCUAAAUGUAGGAUUGCCUCCUCUACCACCUUGUGAGUCCCUUCGAUCACUGUCUAUCCGUAACUGCCCUGGGUUUGGUGAUGCUAGCUUGGCUGCGUUGGGGAAGUUGUGCCCUCAACUGCAGAAUGUGGAGUUGAGUGGGCUUCAUGGAAUAACAGAUGUUGGGUUUCUCCCAUUGCUCGAGAGUUGUGAGGCCGGUUUGGUGAAGGUUAAUCUCAGCGGUUGUCCCAAUUUGGGUGACAAAGUUGUUUGUAAGAUGGCUGAUUUGCAUGGUUGGACUCUAGAGAUGCUGAACCUUGAUGGAUGCAAGGUCAGUGAUGCUGGCUUGGUUGCAAUUGCAGAGAACUGUCGGGUGCUCAGUGAUCUUGAUGUCUCCAAGUGCACAAUAACCGACUCUGGAAUUGCAGCUCUUGCUUGUUCUAAUCUGAUCAAUCUGCAGAUCCUAUCUGUGUCUGGUUGCAAUCUGGUCUCCGACAAAAGCCUGCCAUCACUUGGAAAAUUGGGUCAGACCCUCUUGGGGUUAAAUCUACAGCAGUGCAAGGCAAUCAGUAGUGGUGCAGUUGACCUGCUAGUGGAGCAGCUAUGGAGGUGUGAUAUCCUUUUCUAAACGAUGUUGCAGUAUGGGAUUGUCAACAACUCGGGUUUUGACCCUUCGAGAAGCAUCAGAAUAGCCUUUGUUAGUAUUAGCAGUUUGUGUAGUUUUUGGGUCCAUCAGCUAUGGGUCUUCCAUUGUCCGGUACUCAGUCCCCUUUUCCAGGGAAUACGGCCAUUUUCCUUUUUUCUUUUUUGCAGGUCUCUUUACAUCAGAGAUCUGUUACCAGGUUUUGAAUCCCAAUAAUGGGUGUUGGUUUCUUCAUGGCCGGAUUUCCCUGAGAAUAUAGUUGUUGCUGGGUUCCGGAUUUUAGGUAAUCUUUUCUUCCUUCCUCGUAAAGGUUUUAGUCUGCUGGGUUUCUGGUGUUUUUGCUUAGCAAUGUUCAUUUCUGCUUGAGCUAAGCUUUUUGUUAUUUGUUACUGUCUUUCGUCCAUCAUAGUUGGUUUUACCGAGUCUCCCACGUUUUUGAACUCAAAUGUUCUACACGUGAUGGUUGGGUCUUUUUCUUUUCUUACGGUGGCGGAUUGAAGAUCUCGAGUCAUUGUAGUUAUGGUUCGCUUUUGGCAGUUCGAAGUGUGGUGUCUAGCUUUCAUGGGCUUUGGCCAUGGCAGCAGUUUAUGUAGUCUGCCAUGACAACUCUUGGAGUUGUUUUUGUUUUAUUUUUACCAAGCCCUAGUUUUGCUGGUUUCACUUGCUCUGAACUGCAGUUUGUAACCUUUCUGAACAAUCUGAGUAGCAUUAAAUCUGCCAUUGGAGGUCAUGCAUGUAUGUUUCUGUGCCAUAAUUAAUAAAAGUGAUCGAAGUUUAUGUAUGUAAAA